UGUGCCUACUGUUAACGCUAAAAAGGAAGUGACGUUAUUGUGCGCACGCGCAGUAGCAAACUAGUGAUACGGUAGCCCAUCACUAUCAGGUGGUGAGUAGUGAAACUCACUAUUCUGCGACGUCAUCCACCAGUCGUUGUGGAUUCGUUCAAAAGGUUUUUCUGUUGGCCAGUACCAUCUUGCCUUCUUUCAUCGCCCCAUACUGCAAAUGCAAAGAAUGAACCGGCCUCAUCCCCAGUCAGAUUCUUCAGGAAUCUGUGUUGAGAAGGUCAAGUUUCCCCUGUCUGAACUUAGGAUGCUGGUGAAGGAGGAGGUCAAGAAUGCAGUGAAACAGAAUAAUACCAAGCUGCAGGUUUUAGCCGAAACUGUUCAACAGCUUCAACGUGACAUGGAUUAUGAAGGCUCCAUCCAAACACUUGAGGCACGCGUUGAGAAAAUCACACACAGAGCCGAAAGAGCGCUCUCUGCUUUGAAGUCCGAGAAAAAGUGUCGUCGUUUGCUGACAUCCUUUGUCGACGACGAAGUCGUCAUCAUAGAUGGUGAAGAUGAAACCAGGCCACAGAAAAAAUAUAAGAGAAGAAAAAGUAAGACAAAUGUGGAUAUCACAGAGGCUACUAUAGAGGAGUUGAAUGCACAAAAAGAAGCUGUAAUGAAUGCCUUAAAAAACCUAUGCAGGAUGGCACCUACUCCUCGACCUCUUACUCCUGAGAGUGAGCCACGGACUACACAAAUGAAAGAAUCCGUCUUUCCCUGCCAUAGCAGCAGCCCUCCUCACAAAAAUCCAGCUGUAAAGAGCACCUCAGCUGACAUAUGUAAAACCGAGCCACUUCCUGCUCCUGUCAGUGAGCCAGCCACCUUGCAGAUUAAAGAAUCAGUCUCUCAGUGCUGUAGCAACGACUCUCUGCAAGCAAAUCCACGGAAGAAGGAACCUUCGUAUCCUCCUCUACCCAUAAACCCUUUCCCGUCAAACCUGCCCAUGGAGGCUUUGUCGUACAACAUCCCCCCAAAAUUGACCGUCUCCCUGGCUCUCAUCAAGCUGCCGCCGAGUCUCUCAGUGAUGUGGACUGGAAAUGAAAAUGAGCUGUCUCUACCACCAAUGGAAAACUACAGCGUCUUCUUGACCGUGGAAAAAAUCAAGGGAAGCGGAGUUUUCCCAGAAUGGAGACUGUUGGGCAACGUGGCUGCGAAAUCUCUGCCUCAGUACAUUACCAUCACCAAGUACAAACCAGGGUACAAGCUGUGUGUUGCCGUGGUGGGCAAAGACAGUUUUGGACGGUAUGGACCCUAUAGUGAUGUUGUAAACGCAGUCCUACCUCAAUUGUAGCCAAACCAGCAUGUAGUCAAAAUACACCACAUCUGAGUUACUUGUGUCUGUUGUGUGCGGACUGCCAGGAUAUGAUGAAGUAUUUAUUACCAUCAGUAUUGUGUGACUGUUUUGUUUUUUUGUUUUGCCAGCUAGCUUGCUUUUUAAGGUAAAUGUUAAACACUAUUGGUUAAAGCAGAUGUGUCAAACCUGUUUUAGUCCAGGGGCCACAGUCAUCCCAGUUUGAUCUCAAGCGGGCUGGACCAGUAUAUUGGUGGCUUAAUAAGCCAUAAAUGACGGCAGUUCAAAGUUUUAUCAAAUUAGUUCGUUUUUUGGUUCCAAGAAGGACAACUCUAUUUGGAAUAUAUUCAUACGUAUUGUUGCAAGGUUUGUAUGAAAUCAUAAGAAGAAUCGUAAAAGGGGGUAAGGUUUCUAAAAACCACGGUGCCAGUUGGAUGCCCCUGGUUCAGUAGAAAGCCCCUUUGCAAAUAUUCUUUUUGCAGUUAUAUCACUCAGCACUUCUGAUCCUUUUUGACAGGUCUUGAAUUUUUAUUGACAUGACAGCCCACAAAAGCAAACAUCUGG